AUGCCGCCGAGCAUCGCAAAAGAUGCGUCCCUGGUCUUAGUUGGCAUGCGAUGUGCGGGAAAGUCGUCGCUGGCCACUAUAGCCUCCAGAGCCCUCAAGUGGAAGGUCAUUGACGAAAAGCUGCAGUUCGAAAAAGUAACCGGGUAUUCAGUCGCUGGGUAUAUCGAGAAAUAUGGCCACCAUGCCUACUGUGCCCAAGAAGUCACAGUGCUAAAUACCAUUCUCGCACAAAAUCAGCGGCGCUGCAUCAUCGUGUGUAGUUCGUCCUGUGUCCAGACACAGGCGGGCCAGGAUCUACUACGAGAGUACCUUGCGACAGUUCCAAUUGUGCAUGUCAUGCGAGACAGGCAAGUGCUCCAGGCCAACCUACAAAGCAAAUGGCAAGGGGAUGUCAUCAAAGUUCUGCGCGAACAGGAGCCGGUUUACUUGUCUUGUUCGAACCGCACUUUCUUCAAUCGAGAUGACCCAAGCUUGCGAUCUGAGGUCGAAUCAGAUCAUGGGGCGUUCUUCGAGGCCCUGAUCCCAUCUUCAGAACGGCCUACGUAUCGGUCUCUGUCUCUCAAACAUGUUGAGUCAGACUUCUUGCGGUUCCUGCGCAGUGUAUAUGACGAGGGAGAUGAGAAGAUCGGCAUUAGCAGAGACUGGAACGUCUUCACCUACUCGCUUCAACUCCCCUUUCGUGACUUCAAAGUUUGUGGUUUCGAAUUAGAUUGGAUAGCAUGCUGCGCGGAUGUUCUCCAAGUCCAGGUUGAUUUAUUGGUCCAGGGAUAUCUAGAUACGGAUACUACUGGUCAUCAUUGGUGGGAAUAUGUCGUGGACCAAUUGGCAUUUCUCCGGAGGCAUACAACACAACCCAUAUUAUACCAUGCGACCUCAGGAUAUUCACCCUCCCCACUCAAACCAGAUUAUCUUGACAUCAUUCAGCUAGGCCUCAGGGUCGGGGCUGAAUUCGUCACGGUCGACCUGGGACAAGACGAAACUCAAAUCAAAGCCAUCACAGCCCAAAAGGGACAUUCCAAAAUUGUUGGCUGGUUUUACGAUUCGGACCCAAUGCGGACAGGGGGUUGGACAGGACAACAUCCACUGGAGUUGUAUCGUAAGGCAGUUGAUAUGGGCUGUGAUAUUGUGCAACUUACUCAACCCGCCAUUACGCUUUCUGAUAAUGCCGCCGCUCAGUGCUUUGCUCACAGCAUGAACACUAGUGGCCCACUACCGGUGUCUGCAUAUAACACAAAUCGCCUGGGCCGACCUUCACAGUGCUUCAAUAAGUUACUGACACCAGUUGCUCACCCAGAUGUGAUUAAGAAAGAGCCAGGAACAAUCACCAUACCCCAAGUGCAGGCUGCACUCUUUGCCUCAUUUAAUUGCGAGCCAUUGCGAUUCUUCGUUAUGGGAUCGAACGUGCGAUACAGUGUCGCGCCGAUUUUACAUAACUCUGCGUUUGAUGUCUACGGCAUGCCUCAUAUCUAUUCUAUUCUGCAAACAGAUACAUUUGAGGCCCUCAAGGGCUUAAUGCGGGAUGAUGACCUGGGUGGCUUGGGGCUGUCUUCUCCAUUCAAGACGGCUAUCAUUCCUUACUUGAAAUCUAUGAGCUCCGACGCUCGGUUUAUUGGAGCUGUCAACACCGUUUUGCCUAUACGGAACUUGGGGCAAGAGAAGGUAGCCGACAGUACUUUACCUCACCAGCUCUGUAUAGCUGAGCAACGCAAUCGAGCCGGCCCCGUGCUUGCCCUUCAUGGAGAAAAUACUGAUUGGAAGGGUAUCAGAGCCUGUGCUCUCCGCCAUCUGUCUCCAGUAAAUGCCGUUACACCAGUAUCUACAGCACUGGUCAUCGGUGCUGGCGGAAUGGCGCGGGCAGCCGUUUACGCCCUGAUCCAGUCUGGUAUCCGGCAUAUACUAAUUUAUAAUAGAACCCCCGAACACGCCGUGGAUCUCGUGGAUCACUUCGAGGGGAUGUAUCGCAGCAGUAGCGGAGACCCGACUGAUAAAACCGAGCAAACCCAGGGCAAGCGGGCGACGAUAUCCAUCUUCCAUUCACUGGAGGACCCUUGGCCGAGUAAAUUACGCUUACCCACAGUAAUCGUGAACUGCUCGCCGAUCCCUGGAGACCGCAUUAUGCCAGCACCACUUCGGGAACAGAAUAGGGUCGAAUUCGAACCGGCCGUGUCGGUGCCAACGGCGUGGUUAAAGAGUCCAACUGGAGGUGUCUACUUAGAGCUCGCCUACAACAGUACUUUACCGUCUCCGGAGCUUCAUCGCAUCUGCUCACAUCAAGGCUGGAUUGGUGUACCGGGUUUGGAAAUCUUUAUUGAAGUAGCCUCUGCCCAAUUCGAGUUCUGGACCGGACGUCGGCCUCCAACAUAUAUUAUGAAAAGGAAAUUGGCCCAAUACCUGCGUGAACUACAAGACUCUAUUUGA